CUCACAGAUCUGCAAAAACAAGUCAAGGAAAUCUUUGAGGCGGAAUUCAACAAAAUCCAUCCACAAGAACACUGCAACUCUCCUUUUGUCAUUCCAUUUCCUCAUGCACUUCUUACAAUGGGAUGGAUUCUUAUCUUUCCAAACAAUCUUUGCACAAAUACAAUGACAAGUGCUGAAAGAUUUCUGGAUGUUCAUCACAAAUGUAAGGCUUGAGGGAACAAACUGACACAAAGAAAUAAUCUAUUUCCUUUAGACUAAAGGUUCUCCAUGUAUUUCACCCCCACUGUCAGUCACACUGAACAGGAUGUUCUUUUAAGAGAAAGUGAAACUGAAAGCUCUCUGCAUCUCUCGGUGUGUCAGUGUAAGAAAAUGGCAGACGGCUGGUUUUCAGAACAGGAUCAGUUCAGCUGUGCUAUAUGUCUGGAUCUCCUGAAGGAUCCAGUGACUCUCCAUUGUGGCCACAGUUACUGUAAGGUGUGUAUUAAUGGCUUUUGGAAUGAGGAAGACGUGAAGGGCGUGUACAGCUGCCCUCAGUGUAGAGAGACGUUCACUCCGAGGCCUGUUCUACGUAGGAACAACAUGCUGGCUGAAAUGCUAAAGAUACUAAAGAAGACUGAACCCCAAGCUGCUCCUCCUGCUCACUGUUAUGCUGGACCUGGAGAUGUAGACUGUGAUUCCUGCACUGGCAGGAAACUCAAAGCUGUCAAAUCCUGUCUGGUGUGUCUGGCCUCGUAUUGUGAAGAUCAUCUUAAACCUCACUAUCAGUCUCAGGCUUUUAAGAAGCACAGGUUAGUUGAAGCCUGUGUAGAUCUCCAAAAGAGGAUCUGCGGUGAGCACAACAUACUGAUCGAGAUCUACUGCCGUACUGACCAAAGCUUCAUCUGUUACUGGUGUACGACAGAUAAACACAGUGGUCAUGAUACAGUUGCAGCAAAAGCAGAACGAAUUGAAAAACAGAAUGAGUUGAAGGAGGAGCAGAUGAAAUCCCAUCAAAGGAUCCAAGAGAAGCAGAAGAAAAUGGAGGAGCUGAAACAGACAGUGGAGAGUAUUAAGACGCGUGCCCAAGCAGCAGUAGAUGAUAAUGAGAUUAUCUUCACUGAACUGAUUAGCUCCAUGGAGAAAAGGCGCACGGAGGUGACGGAGAUGAUCAGAGCUCAGGAGAAAACUGAACUGAGUCGGGCUGAAUCGCUCCUGAAACAUGUGGAGCAGGAGAUCGCUGAUCUUCAGAGGAGAGUCAGUGAGCUUGAGCAGCUUUCACACACACCUGAUCACAUCCACUUCCUCCAGGGUUUCCAGUCUCUCUGUGUUUCUCCUGGAUGUGACGACUCACCCAGCUUCACCAUCAAUCAACAUCUCUCAUUCAAUAGAGUGAAGAAAUUUGUCUUAGAUCUGAAAAAGCAAGUUGAGGCCAUCUGCCAGGAGGAAUUCAACAAAAUCUCUCCACAAGCUUCAGCAGUUCAGAUGAUUUUACCCUCAGAACUGAAGAGCAGAGAAGAUUUUCUGCAGUAUUUCUGUUAUCUGACUCUGGAACCCAACACCCUACAUUACCGACUCAUUCUCUCUGAGAACAACAGAGCGGUGCAUUGGAGUGAUACAAAACAACGAUAUUUUGAGCAUCCUGAGAGGUUUGACUACUGGGUCCAGGUGUUGUGUAGGGAGAGUGUGUGUGGACGCUGUUACUGGGAGGUGGAGUGGAACAGUAAGAGCUGGGUCUACAUAUCAGUCUCAUAUAAAAAUAUCAGCAGGAAAGGAGGAGGUUAUGAGUGUGGCUUUGGAUGCAACAGUCAGUCCUGGAGUCUGGUGUGUUCCUCUUCCUCGGUCUCUUUCUGGCAUGACUACUACGAGACUGUGCUUCCAGGUCCAGCGUCCCCCAGAAUAGGAGUGUAUGUGGAUCACAGUGCAGGAACUCUGUCCUUCUACAGCGUCUCUGAUACGAUGAGCCUCCUCCACAGAGUCCACACCACAUUCACUCAGCCGCUAUACGCUGGAUUCUGGAUUGGUUCCCACUCAGCUUUGAGACUGUGUGAUCGAAAAUGAAAUGUUUGUAAAAUGUUUUAUAAAUUUAAAUGAAAUGUGACCCAGCAGAAUAUUUAACUACAUACAUGUUUUGAGAUUUAUUAUACUCCCAAUGUACAAGAUUAUAAGAAAAAUCUUUGGCUUUGAGAAAGUGGUAGCUCAGAUCUUAAGAUGUUAGCCCUCUGAGUAGAAGGUUGUGAGUUCAAAUCCCAUCACCACUAAUCUACCACUUCUAGGCCCUAAGUGAUUAAAUAAAAUAAUUGUAAGGUACUUUGGAUGAGGUUGUCUGAAAAAUGACUUUGUUCUGUAUUAAAUGUCAUUUGAUGUUGUGUUCAUGAGGAGGGAAGGUUGUAAAUGGUAGAAUGGAAACUGUUAUGGAUGUUCUAGUAUUGCUUUUCAUUCUGCAUUCCGUAUACAUGUUCUGUGGUGUGUUAACCAUAUG